AUGGUCUCUUGCUCGGUUGAAAGUGCUGAUAAACUUCUUAUUCGGGACAGUGCCGGUGUUUACUACAUUGUAAAUGUUUUGCAUAAUCCUAAAAAUUUGGCGGAUUCAAUCUUCUCUGACAUUGAUUCUUCUACGCCAAAUUUGGUAACUGACGAAGAUUCUACUGCAUCUAACACUUGGAUCUAUUACAAAAAUAUCAAAUAUAUAUUGGAUGCAUGUUAUGAAGAAUACCGAAUGUUGCCUACAUGGGAUGAACGUUCCCCUGGUGAUAUUCUUGAUGCGAAACCUCUAACGCCGAAUGACGUGGAACGUAGGCGAUCAAUUUACGACGAGAAUGACAUUCCAAUUCCUCUACGAACUGUCGGGCAACUAUUGCUAAAAGAGGGUCUAAAUCAAUUUUAUGUCUUUCAAAUUGUCAGCUGCAUUAUUUGGUUUUUUGAUACUUAUUACUACUAUGCAACUGCAAUCAUUGUGAUUUCAGGGAUUUCCCUCUUUUGGAACAUUUACGAACUUAGAAAGAAUGAGAAAGCACUUCAUGAUACAGUUACCUCUUAUGGUGAAGUAAACGUUUGCCGUGAUAUCAAUGGAGUUCAACAAUUCUUCCCAAUCAACUCGACUGGCCUGGUACCUGGGGACAUCAUUGAAAUCCCUCGUGAUGGUUGUACUAUAUUUUGUGAUGCUGUUCUCCUUCAGGGCAAUUGUAUUGUCAAUGAAAGCACACUCACUGGUGAAAGCGUGCCUGUAACCAAGAUUCCCUUCGUCGGCCAAAGCAGUCCCGACGGAGGUUCUCCGCUCUUUGAGCUUAAAGCAUCCUCCAAGAGUGUUCUCUUCUGCGGUACCUCAGUGAUUCAGUCGCGUAACUUUUCCGACCAGAAGGUCCUUGCAGUGGUUGUUCGAACUGGAUUUCGCACCGCUAAAGGAGAGAUGGUUCGUGCCAUUCUCUUCCCCAAACCCAUGAAAUUCGCCUUCACAAGGGAUGCCAAUAGAUUCAUUGGUCUCCUGGCCAUUGUGGCUGUAGGCGGUUUCGCUUUAUCGGUCUACCUACAAGUAAGUUAUGAGUUUCAUUUCUCGUGUGAAUUGAACGGUUUCACACACGGACUGUUUUGUUGGCUAAUUUUUUGUGUAGCACGGGGAAUAUUUUCUCCCCUACUAUUGAUUGUUCUAUAA